GACAUACCGGGCCAUUCCAUAUCUCCUCUCAUCAUGAUCGCGCUUUGUAAGUUUCUUCUCGGCAGCACUCACCCCAGCCCUCCUUGCGCUCAUCACCACUGCGGUCGCCGCACCAGCCGUUUUGAACCGCUUCGCGGCCGAUGCAGUCCUCGAUUCGCCAGGCUACACCAAGUGGAUUGAGUCCGCAAAGCCUGGCGAUAUCUACCAGUACGACGGCGGCGCGAUCAUGUUGGAGGCCGAGGAACGCUUGCCCGGCACGACCGACAGCAAGGGCGCCAAAGACAACAAGGACAGCAAGGGGAACAGCACAAUUGAGGCGCGCCGCGACUGCAUCACCCGCCGGCAGCUGCAAUCCAACGUGGACCGCACCGGCCUGUGGUGGAGCGCGUGGGCGCCCAUCGCCGACUGCCAGACGUGCCAGGGCGGGCCAUGCGACCUCGCCUUCCCGUGGCAGUGGACGGGGACGUGGCGGGUGUCAGGAGAUUGGCGUGACGACGGGUGGGACGCGGUGCGAGAGGCGAUCAACAACGACGGCGGCAAGAACUUCGGUUACCGUUGGGAGAAGAGUUCGUCGACGGGCGGCGAGGGGCGGUGCCAGGCUGCUGGGAGUCAGACGGUGCGUCUGUGGCACCAGGUGCGCGUGGGAUGGGCCGACAUUGCGCAGCGCACCAUCGUCUCUAGCUCCAACUGCCCGUGGCAGCGCCAGAAUGGAGAUUGGCAGUUCUCGCACCUCGACCUCCUCCUCGAGGGGGGCGAGGCGCACCAUGUCGGGUGCAGCUACGACGACCGAGCCGAAUGCUCGCGCCCGAGGGAUUAGUAGGUGGCCCACUCUCGCUGGCGAGGGCUGUUCCAUGUUAUGUACAUGUGCAAUAAACGCACUUCGUUCUUGUGUCGCGGACCUCUGUGAAGUGUCAAUGCCAUUAUCACCAG